UCCCCGAUCUCAGGAACAGGAAGUUGAACAGCCACCAUGGGAUCCCACGCGCCCUUCUGGGGUGCCCCGACCUCGUACCUAAACUUUUGCGAAGAAGACUACGCGAUCACCCGCUACGUGGCCGAGUUUAUCAACACGCUGAGUAGUUUUGUCUACAUCCUCUACGGCCUCUACGGCCUGCACCAACUCCAUCAACGACAACAAUCCGGCCCGCGCUCCAUCCCUUACUGCGGCCUCAUUGGCGUGGGGGUGUGUUCUGCGGGCUAUCACAUGACCUUGAAAUAUCAUACGCAGAUGUCGGACGAACUCUCAAUGCACCUCCUCACCACCCCCCUCCUCUACCGCAUCCUCACCUUCCAAUCCACCCCCCAAUACACCAAAAUCACAGGAAUCAUCCUCUCCAUCCUCUUCACCAUCGUCAUGGUCGUGCACAUGGUCAUGGACGAGUUCCUGCUCCACGCGGUGAGUUUUGGUGCAGCCGUGUUGGUAAUUACUAUUCGGACGUUGAGGAUUAUUCCCCGGGAGAUUAAGGAUCAGAGGGCGAGGGGGAGGGUUAGUAGGGUUGCGCUUUUUGGGGUUGCAAGUUUCGCCUUCGGGUACUUCGUCUGGCUGAUUGAUGAAUUCGCCUGUGGGGUAUUGACUGGGGUGAGGGGGGUCGUGGGCUUGCCCGUUGGGUUUUUGUUCGAGUUGCAUGGGUGGUGGCAUGUCUUCACCGCCAUCGGGGGCUACAUUGCCGUCGCGAUCAUCGACUUGAUUAGCUCGGGGGAAGUGGCGCGGGAUUCGGUGGAGAAGUUGGCGUGGCCGUUGCCGGUUGUCGGGAGGGUGUUGGGGGAUGGGAUUGAUGGGAAUGAGAAGAGGAAGUAAGUCACUUGAUCAGGGCUGAGAACUGGGAGGUUUGAGGGGUGAGAUGAACGGAUCUGAAGAGUAGAUUCUAAGGGAGUGUGGGACGUGAAAAGAGUGAGAUUGUUGAGAGAUUCGAGCCCGAGGUGGAUGGAUAUGGUACUAGGAAGAGGUGUGUUGUGUUCGGGUUAUAUUCAUAGAGACAUUCUUAGAAUUAGAUGAUGGCUAGUAUGGAUGUUUGAAACCUCAAGAAUGGCUUGUGAAGGAGAAUGAACACCCACCCUCACAUGUUGUGAUCGACGGAGAUAUUUCUUUAUCUUCAUUUG